AUGAUGUCCGGGUCGUCUUUCCAAGGGCUGCUGCUUGCCCACCUGAUCGGUUGUGUCGCUGCCAUCGUGUGCCCGCCGGAACUUGUUCAGGGUGCUCCUGUGGGCUUAUCCGAAGGUGCCAAAUGUGGAGGGACCUGCAACACCCACGGAAGUUGUGCUGCCGGACUACGCUGCAAGGAGACGCCGACAACCCCUUUCUUGGGUGUGAGGCCGGCAGGUGUUUGCAGCUCAGCUGGGCACCAUGUGGCGCUGGACAGCAAAGAUAUUCAGACUGUGGUCAAAGAAGCCGUGCAGUUGUUGAAUGGGCAACUGAACAGCAUCUACAUGCUUGUCCCGGUUGCUAUUCUGGGGGCUGAGAAGAAGAACAACUUCGAGGGCAUAGUGUACGAUCUGUCCCUUGCCCUGGCUUCCAGCACCUGUCGGAACGAUGGCGCACACAGCCCAUUGGAUCCAACCUGCCAGCCGCAGCAUGGGGUGACUCCGAUGAACCUAGAUGUCGUCGUACAGGAGAAGGACUCCCAGUAUGCAUUACUGGGCCAUUCCAGCAUUGACCGUCCCGUGCCGGUGGCGCUUCGAAUCUGA